AUGGCUAAUACAAAGAAUGCUAUACAAUAUUUACUUUCAAGUAAUGAUAAUGAACCAAAAAAAAUUAGUAAUUUUAUAAACAAUCAAUUUAUUGAAACAAAUUACUAUAUUGAUUCAAUUAAUCCUGCAACAGGAAAAGUUUGGCUUAAAGUUCCAAAUUCAACUUCUAAUGAUAUUAACAAUGCUGCUAAUAUUGGUGAAGAAGCAUUUAAAAUUUGGAAAAAAAUACCAAUACAAAAAAGAUGUGAACUUCUUAUAAAUGUUUCAAAUAUUAUUGAGGAUAAUUUUGAGGAAUUUGCUAUAAUUGAAUCACGAGACCAGGGAAAGCCUAUCUCUCUUGCAAAAGCAAUAGAUAUUCCCAGAGCAAUUUAUAAUUUUAGAUUUUUUGCAUCAUCAAUUAUUGGUAAAACAACAACAUCAACAAAUAAUAUGUUACCUGUAAGAAGUAUUAAUUAUGUUAAAAAUGAUUCAAUUGGGAUAGCUGGAUUAAUAUCUCCAUGGAAUCUUCCAUUAUAUCUUCUUACAUUUAAACUAGCACCAGCAUUAAUAUGUGGAAAUUGUGUUAUAUGUAAACCAAGUGAAAUAACAUCUGCCACAGCAUGGCUUCUAUGUCAUACUUUUAUUGAUGCUGGAUUUCCUAGUGGUGUUGUUAAUAUGAUAUUUGGUGAUGGUGUUAAUGCUGGAGAAGCAUUAAUAAGACAUCCAAAAAUUCCUAUAAUAUCAUUUACUGGAAGUACCAAAAUUGGAAAACAUAUUAAUGAAGUAGUUGCACCAAUGUUAAAAAAAAUUUCAUUAGAAAUGGGUGGUAAAAAUAGUUGUAUUGUUUUUCCAUCUGUAGAUAUGGAUGAAGUUAUUCCUCAAAUUGCUAAAUCAUGUUUUAUUAAUCAGGGUGAAAUUUGCCUAUGUACUGAAAGAUUAUUUAUUCAUCAAGAUAUUUAUGAUGAAUUUAUUGAAAAAUUUGUUAAUGAAACUAAUAAAAUGACUGUUGGAGACCCAACUGAGAAUUAUACACUUGGAGCGAUAGUAUCUAAAAUGCACUUUGAUAAAGUUAUGUCCUAUAUUAAUGAUGCUAAAAAUGAUUCCUCUCUUCAUGUAUUAUGUGGGGGCCAAUAUAAAUAUGAAAAAGGACAUAAAUGUGAAAAUGGUUAUUUUAUCAAGCCAACAAUAAUAGCUGGUGCUAAAGAUGAUUCAAAAUAUAUGAAAGAAGAAAUAUUUGGACCUGUUGUUUGUGUAACAAAAUUUUCUACUAUAGAGGAAGUUAUUGAAAGAGCAAAUAAUACACCAUAUGGUUUGUCAGCUUCUGUUUGGUCUAAAAAUUCUAAUGAAUUACAAAUUGUUGGGGAUGAAUUACGUGUAGGAACAUGUUGGCUUAAUUGUUGGUUAGUUAGAGACUUAAAUAUGCCUUUUGGUGGAACAAAAGAAAGUGGUAUUGGAAGAGAAGGUGCUGAAGAUUCUAUUCAUUUUUAUACAGAACAAAAAACAAUAUGUUUAAAAUUUUAA